CCAGUUCAUCCCUCCAGUCUAUUUUCUAUUCCUUUCCAUCUUCCUCCCGAAAACCAAUAGCAGAAAUCAUGAUAGUUCGUCCAAGAAAAAGAAAAACAGAAAACAUUCUGUUAUACAAAACCACACACCAUAACAUAGGAGGAUCAUAUCCUCUCCUCCUCUCCUCCUCUCCUCCUCUCCCUUUCCUUCUAGAAGUCACUCAAAUCCAGAGAGAGAGAGAGAGGAUAAUAUGUUUCAGAAGAUAACAAUUGAAGGUGAUAAUCCAUGUCCCCUCUAUUCUCCUUCAUUUUUCAAUACAUAAUACAUCAAAACAGAGGAGAACAGAGACAAACAGAGCAACCCCAUUUGAAUUCAAUGCAAUCAUCAUUCACAUUCUCUCAAAACCUCAUAGGGUUGUUUGUAAUAUUUAUUUUAAUUCUCUUUCCCUUUUCAUCCGCCGAUCGCAAGUCCGAAACCAGCCUUAUCUGCGGCUCUUCUAAGCACAUUGACAAUUCCUACGUACCAAACAUUGUGAAAGUCAUGGAUUCUCUCCAAAAACAGGUCGGUUCUCGGAACUGGGGAUGCGGUUUCAUCACCUCCCCAUUGCUUCAGAUAUAUGGAUUAGCCCAAUGUCAUGAUGAUCUUUCUAGUCUUGAUUGCAAAAUCUGUUUUUUCCAAGGCAGAGUCAAACUCCCACGUUGUCUCCCUGCCACUUCUGCUCGAAUCUAUCUUAAUGGUUGUUUUAUUCGUUACGAUAACUAUAACUUCUUUCAUGAAGCCAUUGAUCCCAUGAAUGAUGCUGUGGUAUGUGGUGAGCCAACAAAUGCUUUGACAGAUAGCUUUUUGCACAUGGAGUUCAAGCAACGCUUGGCAGCAGCGAUACAGAAUGUCACUGCAAUGGCACUUGGGAAUGGAACAUUUGCAGCUGCGGAGGCAAAGGGAAGAGUUUUUUCCGUUUAUGCUUUGGCACAAUGUUGGAAUACGCUUGAUAAGGAUGAGUGUAGAAAGUGCCUGGCGAAAGCAGGCUCAAAAUUAAGUCAAUGUGCUCCUGGCUCGGGGGGCAGUGCCUUUUUUGCUGGUUGUUACAUGAAAUAUUCUACACGGCAUUUUUUUAAGAAAUCCGUGGAAUCAAAAGCUCGUUAUGACAACACUGGAAUCAUAGUUGCAGUUACUUUAUCGACAGUUGUGGUCGUCGUGCUAGCUUCUUUUGGUGCUUUUAUAGGGUAUGAGAGAUUGUCAAAUAGGAAAGGAGGUGAAAUUGCAACCAAAAAACUAUAUGUCCUUGAUGAGCUAUCAAUUUCAAAUUUAUCCAUUUCUAACUUGUUCUGCUCUUUCUUAUCCCUAGACAAAACCAAUCUCCGCCUUUCACCCAACUCUAGUUUAAAUUUCACUUAUGAGGUGCUUGAGAAGUCAACUGAGUGUUUUGAUGACUCGAGGAAAUUGGGCCAAGGAGGAGCUGGUUCUGUUUUUAAAGGAACUCUCCCAGAUGGAAGAACGGUUGCAGUUAAGAGAUUGGUCUAUAGUACAAGGCAAUGGGUUGACCAGUUCUUCAAUGAAGUUAACUUGAUCAGUGGUAUUCAACACAAAAACCUUGUCAUCCUUUUGGGUUGCAGCAUUGAAGGCCCUGAGAGUCUUCUUGUUUAUGAAUAUGUACCUAACAGGAGCCUUGAUCAGAUUCUUUUCAUUAAGAACACAUUACAUAUUCUCAACUGGCAGCAGCGGUUUAAUAUUAUCCUAGGAACAGCCCGAGGACUUGCAUAUCUACAUGGAGGUUGUGGAGUGACUAUCAUUCAUAGAGAUAUCAAAACUAGCAACAUUCUUCUUGACGAGAAGCUUACUCCAAAGAUUGCUGAUUUUGGACUUGCACGUUGUGUUGCCACUGACAACACCCAUAUUAGCACUGGCAUUGCAGGAACGUUGGGAUAUAUGGCUCCUGAAUAUCUUGUUCGAGGGCAGCUAACAGAGAAAGUUGAUGUUUAUGGUUUCGGGGUUCUACUUCUUGAGAUUGCAACUGGUAAAAAGAACAGUGUAUUCUCACAGGGAUCAAGUUCAAUUCUGCAUUCUGUUUGGAAGCAUUACAAAGCUAAUACAAUUACAGACAUGGUUGAUCCUGGCUUAAGAGGUAUGUUUUCCCAGAAACAGGCAGAAAAGGUGCUUCAAAUAGGACUUCUAUGCACACAAGCUUCUUCAAGGCUAAGACCGUCCAUGAAUGAAGUAGUACAGAUGCUCACCGAUGCCCAAUGUGAAAUUCCCUCUCCAAAGCAACCUCCAUUCCUGAAUGCUAGCGUUCUUAGUCCAGAUGGCGGUGCAGACAGUUGCAUCACGGAAGUAUCGCUUACAUGUAAUUCAGUGGUAAAUCAGCAAACAACCUCUCAUGAAGCACUCUUGGGUGACCCCUCCAAAUUCAGACGCUACAGAUAGUCCCAGAUAAAGAAAUUCUUCAACACUUGAACAACCUGAGACAACGUAGAUCCUGUCAAAUACUCUUCACAAGUCAUUGGGAAAAUAUGCACCAUUUUGUAUCAAAGAUACGCAGCAGAUCAAGAACCACCUCAAUUCUCUAGCAAGAACGUGAAGUGGGUUCAGUGAGAUUCCAUCGGGAUCCUACUAGUAAUUUUAUUCUUUAGACUCCCUGAGAAGUGCUAGCAAAAUGAGAUGUGAUUUGGAGUUGAGGACAUGGAAGUUGGAAAACUUUGUCCAUAUGAAAUGGAUAGACAAUAUUGAAAAAUAUAGUGUAGAUGCUGCUUUUUGUGAACAAGAGCAGUAGUUAUGAAUCAUGCAGACCAUUCCCAUGAAGGUGGUGAGGAGAGGGCCCCGAUUGAUAGAAAAGAACCUGCAAGGGGGUUAUCUUGCUCUUGGAAGAAAAAUAUUUUGAAUAGAAGAGAGGAUAGAGAUAGGUUUUUAUUUUUUUUCAACAAAACCUCUUGUAAUCUUGGGUCUUCUCUUUCCCCCAUUGAUAAUAUGUCAUAUGCAAGCACACAGAAAACCUUCAUACUCAUUUUGUUUUC